GCGCUCCCGACCACUCGCCGUUCCCCCCUCCCUCCCUCCCUCCCGCUGCUUUCUCCGAUUCAUUCCUCUCCGCCUUGCUGCCGGAGAAGGAGAGCGAGCGGCGGGGGGAAAACGGCUGCCUUUCUUGCCUCUCCCCCCACCCCGCCAUUGGAACAGAAUCAUAUAUAGACAUAUAUUUGGGGAAAGCCCCGCUUGCAAUCCUCCGCGCCCGAUGACCGUCUCCCUGGACAGCUCGACCCCUUGACUCCGGAUUACUCGGUCGGGAAGAGAAGGGAGGCCAAAAAAAAAAAAAGGGAGAUCAAGGUUUGGAGCACUCUUUGAACAGAGACAAAAAUUCCAAGGUCAACAGGUGGAGACUUGUCAUGUGUCCCUGUCUCAAGGAGAAUGGGAAGGAGGUCCUGACAGAAUAAUUAGUAACCAUGACGACAGAGACGGGUCCAGAUUCGGAGGUGAAAAAUGCCCAGGAGGAAACUUCCCAGCAGCAACUGGAGGCAGCAGCAAGUGGGCCAAACACACUGACCAGCUCCACACCUACCGUAAACAGUCAGGAAGCCGAAGCUAAUGAGAAACCGGGAGCCCAGGGUGACUCUAAACAUGCAGAGCGGGCUGUGGACAUGGAUGAAAAAGACUACAGUGAAGCAGAUGGGAUAUCUGAGAAAACCACUCCCAGCAAAACCCAGAAAUCGCCUCAAAAGGUCACCAAGAAACUCAAGAGUGCCAUCUGCAGAGUGACCCUCCUUGAUGCCUCAGAAUAUGAGUGUGAAGUGGAGAAACAUGCCCGAGGUCAGGUUCUGUUUGAUAUGGUCUGUGAGCAUCUCAAUCUCCUGGAGAAGGAUUAUUUUGGACUCACAUUUUGUGACUCAGACAGUCAGAAGAAUUGGCUGGAUCCCUCUAAAGAAAUAAAGAAACAGAUUCGCAGUGGUUCCUGGAACUUUGCCUUCACUGUCAAAUUCUACCCUCCAGACCCUGCUCAGCUCACAGAGGAUAUAACAAGAUACUACCUCUGUUUGCAGCUCCGAGCAGACAUCAUCAGUGGGCGCCUGCCAUGUUCCUUUGUUACACAUGCACUCCUAGGCUCCUAUGCUGUACAGGCUGAAUUAGGAGAUUAUGAUUGUGAGGAACAUGUGGGCAACUAUGUUGGUGAACUUCGUUUUGCUCCAAACCAGACCAAGGAGUUGGAAGAGCGAAUUAUGGAACUGCACAAGACUUACCGGGGCAUGACACCUGGUGAGGCAGAAAUUCACUUCUUGGAGAAUGCCAAGAAGCUUUCUAUGUACGGAGUCGACCUACAUCAUGCCAAGGAUUCAGAAGGCAUUGACAUCAUGCUGGGUGUUUGUGCCAACGGCCUUCUCAUUUAUAGGGACAGGCUGAGAAUAAACCGUUUUGCUUGGCCCAAGAUCCUGAAGAUUUCUUACAAGAGGAGUAACUUUUACAUCAAAAUUCGACCCGGUGAAUAUGAGCAAUUCGAGAGUACAAUUGGCUUCAAGUUGCCCAAUCAUCGCUCAGCCAAGAGGCUCUGGAAAGUUUGCAUUGAGCACCACACAUUCUUCAGGCUAGUAUCUCCAGAGCCUCCCCCAAAGGGCUUCCUAGUCAUGGGCUCCAAAUUCCGCUAUAGUGGGCGAACACAGGCUCAAACGCGGCAGGCCAGUGCUCUGAUUGACCGUCCUGCCCCAUACUUCGAGCGCUCCUCCAGCAAACGGUACACCAUGUCUCGCAGCCUCGAUGGAGAAUUCUCCCGCCCAGCUUCAGUAAGUGAAAAUCAUGAUGGAAUGGAAUCAGACAAGAGAGAUGAAGAUAGCAAAUAUGAUGGAAGGACGAGGUCUGAGACUGAGGAUGAAGAAGUGACCACCCCAACAAAAAUCAAGGAGCUAAAGCCGGAACAAGAAACCACCCCAAGGCACAAACAAGAGUUUUUAGACAAACCGGAAGAUGUUUUACUAAAGCACCAGGCCAGCAUCAAUGAGUUGAAGAGGACCCUGAAGGAACCCAACAGCAAGCUCGUUCACAGGGAUCGGGAUAGGAGAAUGCCUUCCUCACCUGCCUCUUCCUCUCCCAAACAUGAAGAUGAGACACCAAAAGGAACUCCAGAGAAGGCCUAUGAGAUGUCAGAAGAAGAUUCUCCAGAGGAUCUGUCAUCUGAGCAUGGAGCUGCCUUAGUCAUGGAGUCUUUUACACAGAAAAGCCUUGUUUCUUCUCCUGAGGGUUCAGAGAAUUGGGUAUUUAUAGAAAGAGAAACUACUGGGCUGGAAGAGCUAGCACUAAAACAAAUUAUUAAGACCCAGGAGGAAGAAGCAUGUGCAGGUCCUUCAGAGAAGCAAGCAAAUCUGGACUUAUCAAAGGUACCCAUUCCAGCAGAGGAACACAAGGCCGCAGCAAAACAGAUGGAGAAAGUAAGUGAGGAAAGCAAAACAGAGAUACGCAAAAGAGCCAAAAUGAUUGCCAGUCCAGAGGAUUUUGAAUCAUUAUGGGAGGAUGACUUGUAUGAGAGAGAGAACAUAAAGCACACUUCUGAGACAGACAAACAAACAAUAGAGGAGAGUGAACAUGAAGAUAAAAUAGAGGCAGUGCUGAUUGCUCCUACUAAACUUGAGAGGAAGGAAGAACAUAAAGACAAAAGAGAGGCAGUGCUAGUUAUCACCUAUGAACCUGAAGAAAAGGAAGAGCAGAAAGAAAAAAUGGAGAUAGAAUACACCAAAUUUGAACAACCAAGUGGCACUGUCAAAUGUCCAAGAAAGAAGAGUGAUGGCCCUGAAGAUUUCCAAACUGAAGAAGAUCAGAGGUGUUCCUCUUCUUGGGCAGGAUCUUCAAAAGAAGAAAGCAAAAGUAUAUUCCAAGAACAGAGGACUAUUUUGACAGUCUCAGAUAAGGAAGUAUUAAAAACUAUCCCUGAUUCCGAGUCUCUUAAGGCUAAAAAGCAGAGUGAUAAGGUAGUAUCUUCUGCUGCAAAAAGGAUAAUAUAUUUAGGUUCUGAAGAAACAAAUGAAAAACGUGAUGAGUCCAAGGAAAUAAAUGAGAAAGAAAAGCAUUCCUUAUCCGAAGAGAAGCAGGAAAAGCAAACAAACCUAGCCCAUGAAAAGGAGAAAAGCACUAGAUUAGUACCAAUUUCAGAUGUAGGAGAGACAAAGGGAGAUGGUGAAUCUCAACCCUGGUCACCAACAUCUGCUGAAGAAACUUCAGAGAUCAGGAAGCCAUUUCUGGAAUCAGACCAGGAUGACAAAGGAAGAGAGGCAUAUCAUAUAGAACAGUGUAAUGUUGAAAAAGCGGAGCAUUCAUUAAUUUCAGAGGAAAGAACUUCUGUAGAGCCAGCUGCUAAUGGAGCCAAAGAUUACUGUGAAUCAAGGCCAUACCCCUCCACAGAGGAUUCCAGUCAAAGCAUUUUCCAUGUAACAAUGCCACCACUGAAGUCUGGAUCCCCUACAAAAGAAACAUCAACUCAUUUCUGUCCUAAGCAAAAACAGGGAGCUGAUGAAACUCACAACACUCUCCAAGAAAGUGGAGAUAAAUCUGAUGAGAAAGAAAACAAUUUAGAUGAAAUUGAAACUUCACAAAUACUUCUUCAAAUGGAAGACAUAGAAACUAAAAGAUCUACUCUGUGUUCCUCACUACAGCAACUUUCUUGCACUACAGCAAUUUCAGGUGAAAAGCAAUAUAAAUCGCAGGUUGCAAAUGCAAGAGAAUCAGCUCAAAGUGAAGCCAUUGAUUCCAAACAGUCCAAUCCAGAUACAUUCUCUGAAAUUCAAGAGACAGUCCAAAAUAAAUGCCCCAAGUUGGAAGGAUACAGCAAUAAUCAACACUUUGUGUUAAAACAGGCAGAUAAAAAUGAAAGCCCUGAAUUAGAAGUAGCCAAAGAUGAACUUCAGAAAAUGGAAGAUGAAGCCAAUGCCAACUAUGUUGAAGUAGGACAGAUGACAAGAGAAAUGUUCCCACAGUCAGAGGGGUCAACUAAAGAUAAGUUACUUUUUGGCAAUCUUUCAGAGUUGGAAAGGACAGCUAAGGAAGGGUUUCUUGAGAAUGAAGCUCCAAACAGAGAGGAAGUUGAUAGAUUGGACAGUUUAGCCCAAGAUGAACUCAAAGAACUGGAUGGACAAACAAAAAUAGAAGGAGCAGCUAAUGAUAACGUCCUAGAAUUUGAAGUCUCAUCUGUGGAUAACCAGUGUAAAGAUGAAGACUUUGCCAAAUAUAUUUUCCAAAAGUCAGAAGAGAUAACUGUUUCCUCAGAAAAACGAGCCCAGGAUAAGCCCUCUGAUUUGAAACAGCCAUCUGGGGAUUACAUUUGGUCUGAACCUGACUUCUUUAUUUCUAAACAUUCAGAACUGGGAAUGAUUCCUCAGGAUAAAUCUUUUUUAAAAGAAGAAAAAGCACCUACUCCUACUCUCUCUCAUAAGACUGGGUUAACAGAAGGGGAAUGUUCAGAAACUUCUCAUGCCACAGCACAGGGAAAGGAAGAACUACAAAUGACUAGUGAAAACCAAAAACCAGAUAUGACACUUGUUGCAUGUGAUCAAAAUGUUACUGUUCCACUUGAAAAAAAUGAAGAUGUAGCCCCAUCAGCAAAGAUCUGUGAGGAUUUCUUAGAGCAUAGAAGUGAGACAAACAAAGAAACUUCCGUAGCUUCACGAAUCAGGAUGUUUGAACAAAGUGAAACAUAUAGUCAAUUUUCUGAUGAGCAACAUGUGCCCCCAAAGAGAUUCCAUGAGAGUUAUUCUGGAAGUGACAAUCAAAAGAGGCCACCAAAGAUGCACAUAGAACUAGCAGCAACAUUUUCACAGAAUUACAUACCUUCUGAAAGCAAUAAUGCAAGAGAUAAGGUGUCCUUGGGCCUUUUAGAAAGCAAAGCAAAGCAUACUGGUAUCUCAUCAGAAGUGGCCUACCUAGCUGUUGCACAAGGACCAAGUGAUGGGGAACCAUCUCAGCCUUCAUCUUGGAAGGAAGAUAUUUCUAUUGGUUCUGAACAUGGAGAUGGAGAUGGAGAUGCUGAACUGGCUUCUCCCGAUUCUGGAUGUGAAAUCACUUUGGCAGAAGCCGUGAGCAAAUUUCAAGAACCAGCUUGGGAAGAAAAGGAUUUAUCAGGCCCAACAGUAAAAGCCUCUCCGAAAGAAGAGAGUUUAAAGGCUGCUGCUCCAGUGGCCCCACAGAGAGCGGGACUGAGGGAGGGCACAGAGGAGAAAACUAAGCCGCCUCGGCACAGGGCUCCUGAAAGUGACACUGGGGAUGAAGAGCAAGACCAGGAAAGAGACUCAGUCUUCCUGAAGGACAACCAUUUGGCCAUCGAGCGCAAAUGCUCAAGUAUCACUGUCAGCUCAACUUCCAGCCUUGAAGCUGAGGUGGACUUCACAGUCAUUGGUGACUAUCACAGUGCAGCCUUUGAAGACUUCUCUCGGAGUUUGCCUGAGCUUGACAAGGAAAAGUGCGAGGGAGAUGAAGAAGGUCAGAUUUCUUCUCAGGAAUCUGACAAACCAGCUUUCAGGCAGGAAGAUGAUGCCAAGGAUGGUGAUAAGUUUCCCCCAGUAAUCCCAGAAGAGUCUCCAACUGUAAAAACAGACAGUGUGAAAAAAGCAGAAAGUGACACCUCUGUGCAGCAAAGAAUCACUGCAACAGAAAUUACACAGGUUGAUGGCACCACUACAAAUGGAAAAGAGACAAUAACUACUUCCCACAUUGUCAGCACAGAAACCAUAUCAACGACCUCAGAUCACAGCACCAAGCCUGGGAAGGGAACAACAGAACUUCGUUCAAUUUCUCCUAUUGCCAGCAGUGCUGUUGGGAAAGAAGCCUUCACGAGCCUUUUUGGUGCCACCGCAGAAACCCUCUCCACUUCCACAACUACCCACGUUACCAAGACUGUAAAAGGAGGCUUUUCAGAAACCAGAAUAGAAAAGCGAAUAAUCAUAACCGGAGAUGAAGAUGUGGAUCAAGACCAGGCUUUGGCUCUGGCAAUCAAGGAGGCAAAACUGCAGCACCCUGACAUGCUGGUAACCAAAGCUGUAGUAUAUAGAGAAACAGAUCCAUCUCCAGAGGAAAGGGACAAGAAGCCUCAGGAAUCUUGACCUUCGUGUUUCUAGAAGUUGGCAUCUCUAUUUUAACUUUGGAAUAAAGAAGGCCUUUAUGCUGGAUUCCUCAAUGAGACAUAGAACGUCCUGGCUGCCAGAAUAAUGUUGAGAGACAAAAAAAUUAAAAUAAAAUAAAAAGGAAUAGCAAAUAUAUUAUAUAUUAUAUAUACAGGAAACAAAAUGCAUCCUUGCACUGCUGCUAUAUGCUGGAGAUGAAUUAUAAACAGCAACAUUAGCAACAAACAAAACCAACCACCUCUUCAAAUAAAGUGAAGAAUUGACUGGACUGAUCUAAAAGAAAAAAAAAUGGCGAUCAUAUUAUUAACAAAACAAAACACACACUUCUGCAUGUUACAUUUAAAGGAAACAUAACUCAUUUGUUGCACUCUGAAUGGAAAAGCAAAAAAUGCUUUGCAACAAAGCAAGAAACCAACAAGCAGAAAAUGAUCAGAAAUACAAAAAUGAUUCCCUGCGUAAGAAAGAAUCAAAAACCAUUCACCUGUAUAAUUCUUGUUUAAUUAUUUUUCUGAUUAGGGAUGUGUGGUGAUCACCCUUUCUCUUCACCCAGUGCUACUUCUGUUUCUUCAUCUUUUUGGUUCUGUUAUUCUCCUAAUCUGUCCUUCCUUUUUUUUAACCUUCUUCCCUCUUACUUCAUCCAGUCCCUUUUUCUGCUGAAGAUAAUGAUGACUGGAUUUUACUUAAAGCAAAAUGAUACGUCUGUGAUUUUUCAUUGAUCAAAAUGCAGCCUGUAGAGGUUCCAUAUGGAUGUGCUUUUAAGUUAUGUAUAUUAUAUAUAACUGGGGUGGGUGGGGAAUGAUAUUAAAACAAAUUAAACAGUGCUGAUAAGUAUGACAAUGACAUUUUUACAUUAUAAUUAUUUGACUGUGGUUAAUGUAUUAAGAGACUCUUAGAUCAUGUCAAUAUCUUGUGAAAACAGAGUAAGGAAAAAUCACUAGCUUCCUCUAGGGGUUGUAUUUGUCACUCACCCGACCCACUGUGUUGGAAAAAGGACUGGCAUAGUGAGAAAACAGUGUUCAUAAUUGGUUGGUAGAUAAGACAGCAUUUGUCAACACAUGGAGGGAGUCAAGGAAGACAGAGUGGAUCAGUGUUACUGCAACCCACAGUUAGAAUCACUACAAUGUGCCAUUUAACCAUGUUUCCUUCAUCUUCUAGCCCAGAAAACUAUGGUCACCCUGGAGACAUCAGCUGAGAUUGUUUCAUGAUUCACAGCCUUUCAGUAUCUAGAAGUGUGUGAUCUCUCAGAGAUAAGGGUUCAGCUGCAGUAAAAUUAUUAGGUCCCAUGAGUUGGUUCUUCAGAAGAUUAAAAUUCAGUCCCAAAAUGAAUAGGCUUCCCAGAAACUUCAAUAAUCCAUUUUAGUACUGUAUUAUAAAUGUGUGAGGUAGUUCUCUAAAAGAAGUGUCCACACUGAACGAAGUGGUCCUCUGGUCUUGCUAUGUGCAUGUUAGAUUGACUGCAUUUUGCCAGGUUGAUAUUAGAUUCUAGAAAAAUGGGAAUUCAAGAUGAACAGCACUGUUUUCCUCUAAGUAUGACCCUUCUAUAUCUUUCUAUACACAUGCAUAAAGUAAAAUUAAUGGUCAAGUGACUCGUGGUUUCUUGAAAGUGUAUCCAUCCUGAUUACAACAAGGCGUGAAGCUUGGAAGGACAGAAUAGUGAACACAAGCAGGGUAGAUACUCCUUACAAAGAAGAAAGCUGUUAAGUCUGAUAGUUUUACUGAUAGAACCCAGAAUUUGAAAGUUUUUCUUCAUUGCUUUUCAUGAAUUGCCAUAAUUUAAGGGAUGUUAGAGCAAUUGUAGAAUAUAUGGAGGACAAAUCCCAAUGAGCCUGUUCUCAAGUGGGACAACCAAGUGGCUCUAGAUGCUACAGAAAGGCCAACAAACACUAUGCCAUACUUGCCUUUUGUCACCCCUCUUCAACACACACAAUACUUGUAGAAAGGCAUCCGACUAAUGCCUGUCAUUGGAAUCUAGUGAUCUGGUGAAGAAAGGGCCUGCUUGAAUACAGUCAUUACAAUGAAUAUAUCCCAUUUACUAAGCAGAAUGUCACUGUAGGAAGGACUUGAUAAUUAGUCUUUCUAGUUGUCUGCUAUUAUUGCUUCCUAAAACUGGAUCUGCUUCUGGCAUGCAGGCAUGUCCUCAGUAAGCACUGAAAGCAUAAAACAAUCUUUAUGCUAUAGGAGUAAUUUCCAGUUCUCAUAUAUCCAAAUCCAUGCUUCUCUUCCCAAAUUUUAUCUGAGAUUUAUUAUUCAUUUCCACAUCUGCUGCUGUUUUUCAGAAGCAUGUAAUGUCCCAAAACCAAAAAGUAAAGAUACAGAAUGUAUACAUGUGAACCCCAAAUCAUUAUUUAAGAAUGAAAAUAAAACCUUUUCAGUUCUAAAAAAAAAAAUCCAUAAGGAUUUGGAGGGCAUCAUUACGAUAGGUAUUGUGGCUGUCUACAUUAUAUCCCUUCUCAAGCUUGGAUUUUCAAUUUGGAUUUCAAAAUAAAAUCAGAUCAGAAGUCUUUAUUGAGCAGCUAAAUGGAAAGUAUGAUAACCACUUAUGCUGGCAUACAUUUAGGUGAGCAUGACACUAAAAUCUGUCGAGGUGAACAUGCACAAGAUUGUAAUCCAACUUUGGGCAAGCAAAGGAAAGCUAAGAUAGACUUGCUUUUUUGGAUUCCUUCCGCAGCUUGUCUGGUGGGUAGUCAUUAACAAAAACUAGUUUUUGUUCACCUAGCAAGAUGUGGCUUAUAUAUAGAUACCUAUAUAAAUAUAUACAAAUAUAUAUAUAUUUAUGAUUUGUGGUAGUGUUGAAGCCAUGCACAAUUUUUAAAGUCAUGGUUUCUUCUCAUUUGGAUCAUCACUGUUGUCACCAUCUGAUACAGUUGAUCACUCUUUUUCUCUUCCUUUUGGGGGGAACCUUUCUUCUUAAGUGGGGGUGGGAGAUGCCACUGCUUGUUUGCAACAAAUCCUGCAAGUUGAUUCCAAAAACUGGCCUGCAACUGCAUGAAUAAUUAAUUCAUAUUUCUUUUCUUAUUAUUAUUUGAGAAGCACCUUACCAACCUACUGCAAUGCUCUGUCAUUCCUUCACUAAUUCCUCUGUCCUCUUCCCGCUCCUUGUUCCUACUUUUGUCCCCCACCCCUUUCAAUCAUAUCCCUCUUUCAGUGCUUGGUGGUGUAUGCGUGUGUGCUCACUGUUCUUGUAUUCAAUAAAAGUGAAAUAAAUGUGUUUGAUGCUUAA